UAAGGUUAUGGUAUUUGUAAACACUGGCAUGAGCAGCUGAUGCAGUAGGCCUAUCUCGACAGUGAUAUCAACGCCACUUGGCCUACAUAUUCGGACCAGAGCUCAAUAUCAGACAAAGAUCGGUCCACAUCGUAACAUCGACCAGAUGAUGUCAGCAGACGAGACAAAGGCACGGUUCCCAGGGGAAGUGGACGAGGUUCACCCCGCCCCCUUCCUUACAAUCCCACCACAGCCUACGGAGAAAAAACCCGGUCAGCUGACUGAAGCGCAGGUCAAGCAGUUCUUCGAGGAGGGGUAUGUGGUGGUCAAUAAGUUUUUCGACACGAAGACUGAACUGGAUCCGUGCCGUGAUGCCAUAUCGGUGAUGGUGAACGAACUAGCUGACAAACUGUAUGACGCUGGGAAAAUCAAAGAUAAGUAUGAAGAGUACGGCUUGUUCCAGAGACUGACACAACUAGAAAAAGAACAUCCGGGAUCGAACAUCCUGUUGUUCAAGUCACAGAAGAUGCCAAAAGCUUUCUGUGACGUGUGGAGUAAUGACAGAAUGCUGAACGUUGUAGAGCAGUUGCUCGGACCAGACAUUGCUGGACACCCUGUAUGGAACCUGAGGACAAAAACACCCAAGAGCGACGCUGUUAGCAUUCCCUGGCAUCAAGAUAGCGCAUAUUUCAGUAACGAGUCGUACGAUCACAUGAUAGUUACCGCCUGGGUGCCGUUCUUGGAUGCGAUACCUGGAAAUGGAUGCAUGCAGGUUGUAAAAAAUGGACACAGGAAGGGGAAAGUCGCCAACCAUACCUGUUGUCGUGGUCCAACAUGGUAUGUCAUGUUGGAGGAGGAGGAAAUGGAAAAGUCGUUAGAUGUCGAUAUGAAGACAGACCUAGAAACGUGCCCGGUGGAAUACGGAGGUUUCCUGCUGUUUCACAACCUAACACCCCAUAGAAGUUUGGAGAAUUUAUCUAACGACAUUCGGUGGAGCUGUGACUUCCGGUGGCAGUCCCCACAUGAACACUGGGGAUUUUACGAUCUAGGAGAGGGGGUUCCCAUGCGGUCCGCUAAGGAUCCAAACAAGAAAGCAGAUUUUGAGAAGUUUUUCUCCUUCGACAGAAAAGAACAAUGGCAGAAGCGAUACUACAGACAGGAGGAUGUCAACGACCCUUUCGAUACAACCAUUACGGGGCCGUGGAUUGGACGCUGGGAAAUAGUCAACCACAAUAAGCAUACAGAAGCAUUCAAACCUUUCAUGUAAACGGUACCAACUAACAUGUCUAGUCUUACAGUUUACUCAGAAGAUCUCCCUAACGUAUCAGUAGAUCAGUUUGAUCUUUCUGAUACAAUGCUACUGUAUAAUUGUGAUUAUCUAGUGGAGUUUAAGAAAUCAACAGUAUUAUCACACAGAAAGUAUUAUUUAAAAGUUUUAAACGUACAAUCAUGUUUUAAGAUUGUUCCCAUGUGGAAUAAGUAUACACAACUUAAAAAAUUGAAAUGUUAUAGAACGAAUAGUCGAAUAGUAUAGUGUUAACACAUCCGCUUUUCAACAAGCUGGGCUCGAUUCCCAGACGUAAUCGCGCGCUUCCAUCCAUGCCAACAAGAGUGAUUAAUGUGUAUGAAGAAUAAAAUAACGGGACGGUAUUGAAACCUACACGUGUACACGUAUUGUGAAUGAAUCAAAGUCAAUAUACAAACUUAUGAUAACAGGUCUGGCACCAUUAUGAACUAUUCUUCAUAAUUAGGACAGUGCAUUCUUAUGUGUCAUCCUUGAUACUUCACAAGUUACGUUCACUUUGGCUCUUUGCAGCUCCGGAAUAUGUAUAUAUUGAAGGCUUAGACCACAGCCAUAUUGCAGAUACCCAGAUGUUGCUGCUCAGUAAUCUUCUGAAUAAAUGUAUCUGCUUAACAAUUGGUCAAGGUUUCCUUCUCUACACAUCAAUAAAAUAGGUAGUUGUGUGCACUCUAUUUUGUCAUGACAUAUUCCAAGAUUGCGUAGAGCAAAAAUGAAUAACGUAACUCCUGGGGUAUUGAAGAUGUGAAAAAUUAAGAACUAAAGUCUAGAGAUAUAGCAUUUGGAGCAUUGAUUUCCUAUAGGCUGGAAGAGCUUUACUUAGAAAUAAUAUUUAACACGACGUUUUGAAGAAAUGCAUUGAACUGCUGCUUGAAUAUUACAUGUACAAGCCUCUUAAUUGAUACAAGAAAACUAUGAAAUUGUGAAUCUUGUGAUAAAUGCCCUUCCUCAUUUCUAAAUGUUUGUUCGUGUGAACAAAUUCUCAAUCAAUCAAAAAAAUAAUGAUAGCGUUUCAUCAAUAUAUUGUUAUACAUAGAUAAACCUUAUUGUUAUAAUACUUGUUUUGUACCCAAGAUAAAGACAAAGAUUACAGCGA